AUGUCUGUUUUUCACAGGAUAAACAAAACUACAAGACCCACUAGCAGCAGUAAUCCUGUACAGUCAAACAAAGAGUCGCGUCCAGGUGUGACUAUGGGGAAGUCUUUUUCCCACCUCACCAAGCAGACAGGCCACGAUGAGGGUCAGGACAGCCUGACUUCUCCUCUGGAGGACACCCACACUGAGGACGGAAAGGGUGGCGAUGUGUCCCAGUUUCCUUAUGUGGAGUUCACAGGACGGGACAGUGUGACGUGUCCCACAUGUCAGGGCACUGGGAGGAUCCCCAGAGGACAAGAAAAUCAGCUUGUGGCAUUGAUUCCGUACAGCGACCAAAGGCUGCGACCCAGGAGGACGAAGUUGUAUGUAACCGCGUCAGUGGUGCUCUGCCUGCUGCUGUCCAGUCUGGCCGUUUUCUUCCUCUUCCCUCGCUCAAUCGAUGUAUCCUACAUCGGGGUGAAGUCCGUGUUCGUCAGCUACGACCAAGAGAAACGCAGCGUCUAUCUUAACAUCACGAACACUCUCAGUAUCACCAACAACAACUACUACUCAGUGGAGGUGGCCAACAUCACAGCUCAGGUGCAGUUCGCCAAGACUGUGAUCGGUAAAUCUCGCAUCAGUAACAUCACUGCCAUCAGCCCUCUGGACAUGAAACAGAUUGAUUACAUGGUGCCCACCCUCAUCGCCGACGAGAUGAGCUACAUGUAUGACUACUGCACCCUGCAAACCAUCAAAGUCCACAACAUUGUCGUCAUGAUGCAAGUGACCAUCACCACGGUGUACUUCGGUCACGCCGAGCAGGUGUCGCAGGAGAUGUACCAGUACGUGGACUGUGGAGGGAACACCACUUCUAUCAGAGGGAUGACCAAGCCGUUCAACAUCCCGCAGCCUGCUGAGUAAUCCCACCUCUGUCCUCCUUACCUGCUCUGACUCGGCCUCUGAAAACUGGCCUCAGAUGGUUCACUGUGUUUCACCUUCUGCUCCACCUGCAGUGUCUAACAAGCUGCCGCUGCCACGAUACGGCGGCGUUUACUUCCAACGUCAAUGCUAGAAGAAAUUCACAGAAAGAGAGGAAAAUGAUGUUUCUUGUGGAAGCACAUUGCAUUCAGCAAAGAAAAAAAUAUCUAGUAAGUAUGACUUUUGGUGUCAUGAUUUUAAGAUACUUGACAAUUGUCACACAAUCACAAGAUUUAUGUUUAUUAGCACAAUAUAAAAUCUCAUAAUAUGAGAUCCAUAUGUCAUAAUUGCAGUAAGAUUCUGAAAUAAAUGAUCUCUAUCUUGUAUUUACAGAAAUACUGUCAUUUAAGGAUAGUUAAAUGAUUUGCACAUUGAUUUAUGACAUCUGUAAUUUAAACGUAAUUAAAGGAUCUGUAUCUCGCAAA